AAUACUACUUUUUAAUAAAAAUCUGCAGCCACACUGAAAAAAAUGUAAACAAACAUCGUAAACACAAAUCGCACAACAAAUUAAUAAUAUGGCUAAAAACGUUAAAAAGCUAUCAUUGGCCAACAAAUUGGCCAAAAAGGGAGGUGUCAUUACGCCAACAGAAACAAUAAAUAAACAGAAUCCGGCCGGAAAUUUGAAGGAUAUAGAGGAUCUGGUGCAAGCAUCGUCCUCUACUUCUUUAUACUUCUCGCCAAUUCAAACUCGAAAGCAGCGCAAUUUAAAUGGAGAGCCUCAAAGGAUUACAAAUAUUAAAUCCGAACCAUUAUCACCAACUCGAGUGCCGCCCAAAAUCAAAAAGGAUGAACCCUUGUCUAGAAUUGCAAUGGGUUCGGCAGUGGUGGUCAAGUGUAAGGUGAUUCCCGAUAUCGUGGACUCGCCCAUCAGAACCAACCACAUUAAAAAGGAAAAUGAGCCUCUCGUUAAACAGGAAAUCAUUCAGGAAAUGAUCGAAAAAAUUAAAAGAGAAAUAGAUCCGCCAGUGGAACCACAAAUAAACCCAGAUGUGAAUGCACCUAAUCCACUGUGGCAGCAGCACCUGGCAAACAUUCGCACCAUGAGAAGCUUCAUGACUGCUCCAGUGGACACUAUGGGUUGUCAUAAAUGUGCUGACGCCACUGCGGAUGCAAAGACCCAACGUUUUCAAAACCUGGUGGCCCUAAUGCUCUCCAGCCAAACCAAGGAUCAAACCACAUUCGAGGCCAUGAAUCGCCUAAAAGAGCGAGACCUUUCCCCACAAACCUUAAAUGAUAUGCCGGUAGAAGAAUUGGAGGGUCUUCUGCAUCCCGUUUCUUUUUAUAAGAACAAAGCCAAAUACCUUAAGCAAACUGUGCAAAUACUAAUAGAAAAAUACGAUUCGGAUAUACCCGACACUCCCAAGGAACUCAAAGCCCUGCCAGGAGUUGGUCCAAAGAUGGCCCACAUUUGCAUGGCCGUGGCCUGGAACAAAGUCACUGGAAUCGGAGUGGAUGUGCACGUCCAUCGCUUGUCCAAUCGCUUGAAGUGGGUGCCAAGACCCACCAAAGAACCGGAACAAACUCGAGUUGCUCUGGAGAAGUGGCUUCCCUAUAGCCUUUGGUCGGAGGUGACUCCCCUUCUUGUGGGAUUCGGGCAAACAAUUUGUACUCCCUUGAAGCCAAAUUGCAGGGAGUGUUUGAAUAAGGACAUUUGUCCGUCUGCCAAUAUCGAAGCCCAGCCAAAAAAGAAGAAUGAUAGAUAAAAAUUAUUUUAUUGAAAAGUGUAUACAACUAUUCAUCAGUGCCAUUCAUGAAUUAAAAUCUGUUUAGUUUUAAGAACUAGUUUUUAGUAAGCCAACUCAGGAAAAAAGAGAUAGAAAUGGAAUGUAAAAUAUAUAUAUUUAUAAGCCAUUAUUUAAGUACAGAUACAAUCUCAGGAAAUGAAUAUGAAAUGGUAAUCCAAGCCAUAAAAAAUUAAUCACACUCCACUUAUAGAGAUAAGA